UUUUAGAGCAGGACAUGCUUAUAAUAAGUUAUCAUCUGGUCAUGGUACUUCAAAAUUGUCUAAAAGGCUAUCAAGUCUAUCGAAUUCAAAUAAUAGUCAGCAUUUUUUUUUUAAUUCGUUGAGACCAAUCCAUCGGUAUAUACGUCUCAACUUCUCAUCGAGAUUUGCAUCAACUGGGACAAAUGAAACUACUGUUAGACGUAGACACUGGCGUCGUUUGAUUUUAUUUUCAACUUUUGUUGUAAUUGGUACUACAAUAUUAGUAGAAUUGGAUCGUUAUACAUGUGAAGUUCAAUCGAAAGAGCAUGAAGAAAAGAUUAUACAUAUUUGUCUUAAAAAAGGUGGUCCAAAAGAACUAAUGAUUGCGGAGCAUUUUACAGAUGAAAAAGAUUAUGAAGUUGCCUCAAAAAGACCAAGAAUAGUCAUUCUUGGUUCAGGAUGGGGUGCUGUUUCCCUUAUCAAAGGAUUAGAUAAGAACAAAUAUCAUGUCACUAUAGUCUCUCCACAAAAUUAUUUCCUUUUCACACCUCUGCUUCCAUCGGCUACCGUUGGUACAUUAGAGACUAGAUCUUUGCUAGAGCCUAUUAGGAGCAUUGUUAAAGGUGUUGAUGCACAUUACAUAGAAGCCAAGGCUACAGAUAUUGUUUUUGAUGACAAACUGGUCGAAGUAACACCUGAAAAUGAUCCGAAUGCUGCCUUUUAUAUUCCUUAUGAUAAACUUAUAAUAGCUGUGGGUUCUGAGCCAAUGACUCAUGGAAUAGAGGGCAUUGAAUAUUGCAACACCUUAAAAAGCAUAGCAGAUGCACGUGGAGUACGAAAAAAAAUCAUGGACAAUUUUGAAAAAGCUACUUUACCAACGACAUCAUCAGAAGAAAGAAAGCGGCUUUUAAGUUUUGUCGUUUGUGGUGGCGGUCCAACUGGCGUUGAAUUCGCUGCAGAGUUAUAUGAUUUUUUAACAGAAGAUUUAGCGAAAUAUUUUCCCAAUGUUCUUAGGAAUAAAGUGCAAGUCAGCAUAAUUCAAAGUUCUGAUCAUAUCUUGAAUACCUAUGAUGCAAAGAUUAGUGAUUUUGCGGAGAACAAAUUUAAACGUGAUAACAUUAAUGUCAUUACUAAUGCGCGAGUACAAAAAAUAGAACCAGAUCAUCUCAUUUACAAAAUGAAAAAUGAACAAGAUACGAGACAACUUGAUUAUGGAUUAUGUUUAUGGUCUACUGGAAUUUCGAUGAAUCCUUUGACCAAGUCUAUAUCAGAUAAGUUACCGGAGCAAAAAAACAAACGUGCUCUUAUUACUGAUAAUAGAUUACGCCUUAAAGGUAUUCAUGAUUCUUCUGUGUACGCAAUUGGGGAUUGUUCAACCAUUGAAAAUCCAAACUUGGUUCGGGGGCUGAUGCAAUUCUUUAUUGAUGCUGAUGUUGAUAAAAAUGGAUUGUUGAGUUAUGAUGAAUUUGUUAUGUUGGCAAAAAAAAUUAGCAGAAAAUAUCCAAUUACUGCUAAUCAUUUGAAACAGGCCGAUAAGCUUUUUGAACGGUAUGAUGUUGACAAAAGCGGUACACUUGAGCUUGAUGAAUUGCGUUCCAUGUUUGAGGAUAUUGACAAAAAGGUCACUUCUUUGCCUUCG